UUCCGCUUAGUGAGUAAAUAUCAGAGUUCUCGCCUCAUAACAGACAAGAUGUCACUGAAGGCUUUUGAGUUGAGGUGGAAAAAAGACCUGACCUCCAUCAUGGAGGAGCUGACUGAGUCUCAAUACAUGAAGAUGUUGUUCAACUUGGACAAAAUCCCUCAAGGAUUGAAAACAGACAAGGUCAGAGUGGAAAUGACUCAAAUAAUCAUCCAGCACUAUGGAGUAGAGGGCUCCAUCUCUGUGAUAGAGAAAGUGAUGAAGCACCUACCGAGGAAUGAUGCAGCCGUCCAGGUCUAUCUGCGCCCUCAUGUAGAAAAACUGAAGAAAGAACGCCUAAAAAAAAAGCAAUGGCAAGCCAAGCUGUGGCUAACACAGGAUUGGUCCCCAAGAAGCAGAAACCUGCAGCUGGGACAGCAACCAAACCUGCAGCUGCCGCAGGACCAGGGGAUAAGAAGCAGAAACCUGCAGCUGGGACAGCUGCCCCAGGACCAGUGGCUAAGAAGACCAAACCUGCAGCUGCAGCUGGACCAGUGGCUAAGAAGACCAAACCUGCAGCUGCCACAGGACCAGUGGCUAAGAAGACCAAACCAGCAGCUGCCACAGGACCAGUGGCUAAGAAGACCAAACCUGCAGCUGCAGCUGGACCAGUGGCUAAGAAGACCAAACCUGCAGCUGCCACAGGACCAGUGGCUAAGAAGACCAACCCGGCAGCUGCCACAGGACCAGUGGCUAAGAAGACCAAACCUGCAGCUGGACCAGUGGCUAAGAAGACCAAACCUGCAGCUGCCACAGGACCAGUGGCUAAGAAGACCAAACCUGCAGCUGCCACAGGACCAGUGGCUUAGAAGACCAAACCUGCAGCUGCAGCUGGAUCAGUGGAUAAGAAGACCAAACCUGCAGCUGCAGCUGGACCAGUGGCUGAGAAGACCAAACCUUCUGCGGCUGGACAAAAUCUGCCUGUGUUUCCACGGGAAAUGUCCUUCUUUUCAUGACAUCCUCGGGACAACACUGAAGGACCUGGAGUUUUUUGUACCUCUGCAUUGGACGUUUCCACUUGUGCAAACAGAGUCACUUCAAUUAAACUACUAAAAAAUA